GUCAGUUACAUGUGGUUGGAUCUCCUCAGCCUAUCGUAGCUGCUCCAGGUGAUGAUGUCAUCCUGCCGUGUCACGUGGAGCCAAAGUUUAACGUGGUGGGACUGACGGUGGAGUGGUCGAGGCCUGAUCGUCGUCCUGACCCCAACGACCAUCUGAGCCGAGUGGAAUAUGUUCAUCUUUACAGGCACAACAAGGAGAUGACUGACAUGAAGAUCCCAUCGUACAUCGGGAGGACGGCGUUGUUCACAGACGGCCUGAGAGACGGAAACAUCUCACUAAGAAUCACUAAUGUGACACAAGAAGAUGAAGGAAGAUACAGAUGUUUCAUCCCAAAGUUAAAGAGUCAAACAAAAUCUUUAAUUGUUCAUCUGAUUGUUGCUAAAACUGUGACAACAGAGACACCACUGCAUCCUGAAACUUUCCAAACUCCUGAUCUGGCAGAAGAGUUUCACAGUAAAG